CUUGUUAUUUAUAAGACCGGCACCAAAUGCAUUGGAAUGUAUGAAAUAUAAUUUCGCGGUUAUUUGGUAUUAAUGUAACCGAAAUCAUGUAGCUAGUAAACUUCUCACCUAACAUUAAAUUACAGUUAUUUGGCGUUUAUCCAAAGCGACUUGAUUUGACUAAGCAGGGGCCAAUCCCCCCUGGAGCAAUGUGGGGUAAACGGCCUUACUCAAGGGCCCACAGCUGCACGUAUCUUAUUGUGGCUACACUGGGGUUUGAACCACCAGCCUCCUGGGUCCCAGUCAAGCAACUUAGCGACUAGGGUCCCAAUCAAGCAACUUGGGUAUAGGGAUAAAGCUGAACGGAACUACAUAAAUACUGUGGUGCCUAAAUACAGUAUUAGCGAGUUUCAGACCCACUUCCAGUUAACACCAACUCAGGUGGAGGAGCUGAUUACGUCUCUGGAGCCGUUGAACUGGAACUUCAUGAGGAGAAAAUGGCCCCUCAGGAACAUCAUCCUGUCGAGCCUCUGGACGCUGUCCACACUCGAGUCGUACCGGGACGUGGCGGAGCGGUUCCAGACGAGCAAGUCGGUCAUCUGCGACCACCUGCACGAGUUCUGCGCGCUGAUCGUCGAGCACUUCCCCGACAAGAUCGCCUGGCCCAAGGGCGCGGAGGCGGAGGCGUCCGCGGCCGGGUUCUCCCUGGCCGGGCUGCCGGGCACCCUGUGCGCCGUGGGGUCCUGCCACGUCCCCAUCGACAAGCCCCAGGGCGUCCCGGUCCCCGAGGCCUACCUCAACGGCAAGAUGUUCUACUCCGUCAACCUCAUGGCGUUCUGCGACCACGCCGGGCGCUUCGUCCACGUCAGCGCCGAGCACCCCGGCGGCUGGCACAACUCGCAGGUCUUCCGGGCGACGGAGGUGGGCAGGGCGCUGGAGCGGGACCCGCACGCGCUCCUCCAGGGCCGCCAUCUGGCGGGCGACGCCACCUUCCCGCUCUCCGAGCACCUGCUCACGCCCUUCCCCGAUUUCGGCAACCUGGCGGCGAGGAAGGGCCGCUACAACCGGCGGAUCCUGGCGACGCUGCAGGCGGUGCGGGGCGCGUUCCGCGCGCUCCACGCGCGGUUCCGCCGGGUCAAGUCGCUGCAGAUGCACUCCGUCGCCAAGACCAGCACGGCCGUGAGGGCCUGCUGCAUCCUGCACAACGUGUGCCUGGAGAACAACAACCCCGUGCUGCUGGACGACACGGACUGCGACACCGUGUCCCAGGAGCCCUUUCACCUGCUGCCCAACGGCCACUCCGGGAGCCUGGGCGGCAUAUCCAAACGACAGGACAUCGCCGCCUCGCUGUCCAAAAAGAGGCCCCAGGACGUGAUGUGAUCUCAGUGUUUUUUGUUGUCGUUUUCUUUCCUCCCGCUUGUGUAAAUAAAAUGUUAUCGCCCGUG